AUGGGGAAUGACACUAAGCCAGCAGACAGAUCGGAGCCGGGCACCUCUCAAAGCAGCCAGACGGUCAGAGCCAGACACCCCAAGCAGCCAGAUUGGUCAGGGGCCAGACACCACAAGCAGCCAGACAGUCGAGGCAGACACCUCCCAAGCAGCCAGACAGAUCAGAGCCAGGCACCCCAAGCAGCCAGACAGAUCGGGGCAGACACCUCAAGCAGCCAGGCAGAUCAGAGGCAGACACCCCAAGCAGCCAGACAGAUGGGAGCCCAGGCACCCCAAGCAGCCAGACAGAUGAGAGCAGGCACCCCAAGCAGCCAGACAGAUGAGGCCAGACACCCCAGCAGCCAGGCAAUUCAGGCCAGACACCCAAGCAGCCAGACAGAUCGGAGCCAGACACCCCCAAAGCAGCCAGACAGAUCAGAGCCAGACACACCAAGCAGCCAAGACAGAUCAGACCAGACACCCCCAACAGCCCAAGGCAGAUCCAGGCCAGACACCCCAAGCAGCCAGACAGGUCAGAGCCAGACACCCCAGCAGCCAGAUGAUCCCAGGGCCCAGACACCCCCAGAAAGCAGCCAGACAGAUCAGAGCCAGACACCCAAGCAGCCAGACAGAUCCAGAGGCAGACGCCCCAAACGGCCAGACAGAUCCGGGCCAGGCACCUCAAGCAGCCGAACAGAUCAGAAGCCCGGGCACUCAAGCGGCCGGAGCAGGUCAGGCCGAACGCCAGCGGCCAGACGGUCAGGCGGAGCACACAAGCAGCCAGAUGGUCAGAAAUGA